AUGGCCACAACUCUUCGAACUCUUCUUGUGGCGGUGGGCCUUGUCUUUUCGGCCGCCGUGAACGCGAGCCCUUCGAUGCCUUCGGGUGAGCCCGAAGCUCAACAAGUGGGAGACUGCGAUUCUUGGUAUUCACCUCAACUCAAAACUCCUCCUGAGACCUGCAACGACGUCGUCAAUAUGCACCCAGGGCUUGAUUUGGCCACCUUUCUCAAAUUGAACCCUACGAUUCACCCUUACUGCGACAACAUGCUGAUAGGCCAGAAAGUCUGCGUUGGAGCUACUCAGCACAAUGACAGUCCAAAGCCAGCAGAACCCAGUGCACAGCAGUGGGAAAGUAGUCCAAAUCAGUGGGAAACUAGUGCCGCUCCGAAGCCGCAGGAAACUAGUCCACCACAGGAAACUCGUCCACCACAGGAAACUGGUUCACAGCAGUGGGAAAGUAGUCCAAAGCAGUGGGGAACUAGUGCCGCUCCGAAGCCGCAGGAACCCAGCUCCACCGCUUCUCAUGGAUGGCAUUGA